CAGAGAUGAAGUAAACGGACUGACAUAUUUGACAUAUUACUACAGCUUUGUCCUGUCAACACUCCUUUUUUUUCACUUUAAAGAGCUUCGUUAACGGUUUUCUGGCUUGAACUCAACACAAUGGGAUUUUUGGCCAGUGUGAAACUCCCAGAAACAGCUCACUCACUAAUGGAAACUCUGAAGAGCUUCUCUAGGAAGGCCUGACGUGUUGUGUUUGUGGUGCUGGCUGAUACUGAGCUCAUGGAUCGUGUAGGCAGCUGUGACAGCUUUAUCACAAGAUGCAGAGUUGACUGUUGUACAGUAAACAUGGAUCCGAUAGAUGAAGCUCGGCUGUCGUGCCUGAACCUCCUCACCUACCACAGAGAGCUGCUGGUCAGCCAGCUGAGGAGUGUUCAAUGCAUCCUGGACAAUCUGUACGCCUCCGGCUUUAUCUGUGAAGAAGAUGUGGAGAUCGUACAGCAGACUGCCACCAAGCCGGAGCAGGUGCGCAAAAUCCUGGAGCUGGUCCAGUGCAAAGGGGAGGAGGCCUGUGAAUUCUUUAUUUACAUCAUUUAUAAAGUAUGUGAUGCAUACAUAGACCUGCAGCCAUGGCUGCAAGAGAUCAACUACAACCCAAGCAGUAAUGUCACGCUGAUUCAAGUGGUCAACACUGAUCCCAUCAGCAGGUAUUGUGAAAAGUUGAGGCAUGAGACGAGCCGGGACACCAGCUUCAUCAUGUCGUACGGCCAGAAAGAGGAGACCCGCCUGGAGGAUCUGUACACCGACACACUGAUGGAACUGUUAAAUGAUUCAAAUGAAAGUUUGGGCUUCUUGGAGAGUCUGAACCAGCUCCUGGAUGAAGAGGCAAUCUUCAACCCCCACGGUGAUACCAUCUAUGUCACGGGCGAUGCUGGUGUGGGAAAAUCCAUCCUCCUGCAGAAGCUGCAGAACCUUUGGUCCAAAAAGGAGCUAAAAACGAACGCCAUUUUCUUCUUUAAGUUCCGUUGUAGGAUGUUCAGCAGCUUCAGGGAUGCAGAGCAGAUCUCCCUCAGAGACCUUUUGUUCAAACAUAACUGUUACCCCGACCAUGACCCUGAUAGUGAGGUGUUUGACUACAUCCUGCGCUUCCCAGAGAGGGUUAUAUUCACAUUUGAUGGUUAUGAUGAGAUCCAGGAUGAUCUAGACUCGAUCAGUGUGCCUGAAAUGGUGUCCCCAGAAGAGAAGGCACACCCACUCCAACUGCUCAUCAGCCUGCUCUGUGGGAAACUCCUCAAAGGUUCACAGAAAGUGCUGACAGCCCGGACAGGCAUUGAGAUCCAGACUAAGGUGAUCAGAAAGAAGGUGGCUUUACGGGGGUUCUCCCCUGAUCAUCUUAAGACCUACCUUAAUCUUCAUUUCAAGGAGCAGGAGCACAGGAAGCUGGUGACGGUUCAGCUGGAUGCUAGCCCUCACCUCUGUGGCCUCUGCUCCACCCCUCUGUUCUGCUGGAUCGUCUUCAAGAGCUUCAGCCACCUGCACAGCAUGCACGAUAGUUUUCUACUCCCUGACAUGACCAUCACCCUCACAGACAUUUUUCUCAUGCUGUGUGAGGUGUUCCUCAGCCGCUCCACCCCUGCGCCAUCUCUGCUGAAGAAAAGCGCCCGCUGUGCCUCAGACACACUGAAAGGAGGACUUAAGCCUCUCACAGCAUUCGCUAAGCUAGCACUUAAAGGGAUGGAGAGGGGAAGCUUCAUCUGCAGCCAAGAGGAGCUCUCUGCGUGUGGCCUGGCAGAAGAUGACCUGCCUUUAGGCUUUCUCAGACCUGUCAGUGAGUACGAUGCCAGUGGAAGUCCUGAAAUAUUUGAGUUCCUUCAUGUAACACUCCAGUCAUUCUUGGCAGCAUUUGCUCUCAUAUUAGACGAGCAAGUCGCCCCCAGCUCCAUCCUGAAGUUCUUCACUGAGUGCAGCAGAAAGAAAGAAGCAUCCUGUCAACUUUUUGACUUCUGUAUCAGUGGUUCUACAAAGCCCAGUGAGAAGCAGCCGUUUGCUACUAAUGAGCAUCUUCAGUUCACUAACCUGUUCCUGUGUGGGCUGCUCUCAAAGGCUCGCACCGGCCUGAUGGAGCAACUGGUGUCUCCAGUGUUAUUGAAAAAGAAACGAGUCUUGCUUAAAUCUUACCUCUCCACCAGUAUAAAGUCCCACCUUCGUGGCCUAUCCCCCUACAGCAGCAGUGAGGGCAAGAAAGUUCACGUUUUACCCAACUUCCUGUGGAUCCUGAGGUGUAUCUUCGAGACUGGAAGCAAAGAUAUUGCCCAAAUGACAGCCAAAGGCAUCACAGCCAGCCUCAUUAAGCUGGGACACUGUAACGUGUUCUCAGGCGACUGCACCGCCAUCAACUUUGUGCUGCAGCACCGUAAGAAACUCCUGGGGCUGGACAUGGACAACAACAAUAUCAGUGACUACGGGGUGAAGCAGUUGCAGCCCUCGUUUUCUAAAAUGACAGUAGUGAGGUUAUGUGUCAAUCACCUUUCUGACUGCAGCAUUGAGGUUCUGGCAGAGGAGCUGUGUAAGCACAAAGUUGUCGAGGUUUUAGGGCUUUACAGCAAUCACAUCACUGACGUCGGAGCAAAGCUAGUGGCUCAGAUAAUUGAAGAGUGUCCGAAGCUGCGAGUCGUCAAGAUUGGUAAAAACAAGAUCACUGCUGUUGGUGGGAGGUUUUUGGCCCAGGCCAUACAGAAGAGCACUUCUAUAUUUGAUGUUGGGAUGUGGGGGAACAACAUUGGGAAUGAGGGAGCUGAAGCAUUUGCAGAAGCUCUGAGACAACAUCCAAGCCUAACCAACCUCAGCCUCUCAGCCAAUAACAUCACAUCUGCAGGAGGACGGAGCCUGGCAGAAGCACUGAAAGAGAACACUGUGCUCAGGAUAUUCUGGUUAGUGCAGAACGAGCUGACUGAUGAUGCUGCACCAAACCUGGCUGAGCUGAUCCAGGCAAACACAGGUUUAAGCCACCUCUGGUUAAUCAACAACCAGUUCACUGUGGACGGCAUCAGAAAGCUGUCAGAGGCCCUGACUCACAACACAGCACUCAAAGAGAUCUGUGUGAAAGGAAACCAGCUCUCUGAGGAGGAAGAGAAAGUGUUCGUGGCAGAGAAAAGGCUGCGCUUUCACUGACUGGACACUCAUCAGUCACGUGUGCUGUGUCAUUAUUGUAUAUGAACUGGUUCUACAUGAAACUGUUUCUAUUUAUUACAUCAUUAUUUGUGGAUGAAUUUGUCUUUGCACUCAUGAAACUGAAUGUCAAGGGGGUGUCGUUAGCUAACAUUUUGUCAAAUAUUUUACAGUUUUGCAUAACCUGAUAAAAAAGGAAGUGGAGUAACAGGAAGCACACAAACCAAUGACUUCCCUCUUUUAAAACCUCUGGGUGUAUGCAUUACUCUGACUUUAUCAAUAACUGUAUCCUUUUUAAUAUUUGACUGGUAGUGGAGGUGUGGUUUUCACAUGGCUAACUGAAUGUGUCAAAGUCUAUUUUAUAAUGAUGAAUGAAAAAAUACUUUUUUAUCCCAUGUUGUAAUUUUGUGAAAGUUCUCUGUGUAGAAACACACCAAUAAAAGCUACUGAUGGA